CAGAUUUUCCCGCCAUUAGAUCUCGGAAGAGUACGACGCGAAAGGGAGACGUUCAAAGAGGUCUAGCGAGCCUCUAGGGUUUCCGAAUUCCCUUCCUUUUCUCUCACUCUCAACCGCCCCUGUUGUACGGCCGUCGCAGAGAAGAAAAAAGCUCGCAAAACCCAGUCUUUCUGCUCUCAAGUUCAACAAUGGCGUCCUCUGCCGAAGAUUUGUCCCAAUUCGAUGUCUCCAACGAGGAGAAGGACAGGCUUGUGGCGGAAGUAAUCCGCUACGUGCUCUUCAAGACCCACCAAACCGGAGGCUGUCCGAUCAAGAGAGAGGAGCUCACGCAGAUCGUCACCAAGAUCUACCGCCAACGCGCUCUUCCAGGAUUAGUCAUCAACGAGGCCGCCGCAAAGCUCGCGAGCAUUUUCGGCUACGAAAUGAGGGAGCUUCAACGCUCUCGUCCUUCUUUGGCCAAUCAGGGCCGGUCUUCCCAGCAAAGUUCUACUGAUGCGAAAUCUUAUGUUUUAAUGAGUAAAUUGCCCGCCGACGUGUAUAGGAAAUUUGUGGAGGGUGAUAAUGCAGCUCACUUGACUGGUUUUGCAUUCGUCGUGAUUAGUAUUGUGCAUCUCUCUGGUGGCAAAAUUGCUGAAGAGAGCCUUUGGCAUCACUUGAAGCGAAUGGGAUUGGACGAAAGUACUGAAAAUCACCCUGUCCUUGGAAAUACCAAUCAGGCACUUGAGACACUUGUGCAGCAAAGAUAUUUGCAGAAAUAUAAAGUAAAUGGACCGGAAAGCAAUAACUUAUUUUAUGAGCUCGCUGAGAGAGCUUUGGACGGGCCUGUAGCUGAGAAGAUAAAAGAAUACAUAGAAGAGAUUGGGAAGAAAGAUGUGACGUCUGAGGAUGAUGACUAGUUCUUGUCCGCCUACUUCUAGUCAACUGUAUGGAGACAAUGAUAUUUGGACUAUUUGCUGUGUGGUAUGUGGACUAGCCAGCAGUAAUACGGGGAUGCCCCUACUUGAAAAUAUGAUUGGCAUAUUGGCUAAAGCACCAGCUGACAUGAGCCAUUCUUCUGUAUCUGUGUAUGUGUUUCUGGACGAAUGAUCGUGUUUGGAAUUUGGCCUAUGCUAUUCAUUGUAAUGUGGACCUUAUCCUUGGGGCUGUUAUUGAAUUUGAAUAGUUUCCGAAAAAAUUUGUAAUUACGGAAGCUUUUAUAUGUAUCCAAACCACUCGAUGCUUUUCUGAAUUCAGCAGCUCAAAUCUGUGUAUGGUAGUUGUAUGGUGAGCAAUUAGUUUAAGAGUGGGUUUAUGAAUGAAUGCACCUUAUCA